AUGGAUUAUCGGACACUUGUUAAUGAGGAUAAUGAUGGUACUGAAGGACAAGAUCAAAGUUUAUCACCAUUUAUACAAUUUGAUACCGAAGAAGAUCAAAAUAAUAGUGAAAAACAAUCACGAUGGAGUCAUCAAAAAGAUCUCGAUGAUUUUUUUGUACGUGUAUAUCAAUAUCAUCAACGACAUGGAUUUUUUUGUAUUCUACUUUCUGAAAUAUUUAGUCUUGUACAAUUUAUAUUUAUUGUUUCAUUUACUGUUCUAAUUGUUCAAUGUAUUGAUUAUCCACUUUUAUUUCGUUCAACACCAUCAGCUAGAAAUAUAACACAUAAAAUACAUUUUAAUGAAGUUAUUCAAUCACCUAAACAAUGUCUUAGCAGUAUGCAUCUAUUAACAACAUUAUGUAUAAUAUUUUCUAUAAUAUAUUGGCUUUAUCGUUUAUCACGUGCUGUAUAUAAUCUUAUUUCAUAUUUUAAUAUUCGAGCAUUUUAUAUUCAAGCAUUGGAUAUUAAACCGAAUGAUCUAUCAAAUAUGACUUGGCAUGAAGUUCAACAACGUUUAUUAAUUGCUCAACGAACACAUCAUUUAUGUAUACAUAAAUUAAAUUUAACAGAAUUAGAUAUUCAUAAUCGAUUAUUACGUUUUAAAAAUUAUGAAGUAGCAAUGGUUAAUAAAGGUAUUUUACCACCAAGAAUACAUCUACCAAUAUUUGGCGAUAUAAUUUCAUUUACAACCGGUUUUAAAUUUAAUCUACGUUUAAUAUUAUUUUGGGGUCCAUAUGCACCAUUUGAUGAACGAUGGCAUUUACGACAAGAAUAUAAAAUCCAUAGUCAACGUGAAAAAUUAUCUAAACAAUUAUCAAAUUUUAUUUUACUCUAUGGUCUUGCUAAUUUACUUUUAUCACCAUUUAUAUUUAUUUGGCAAGUAUUAAAUCUAUUUUAUGGUUAUACAGAGCUUGUACGGCGUGAACCAGGUGUAUUAGGUAGUCGUCGUUGGAGUAAUUAUGGUCGAUUUUAUUUACGACAUUUUAAUGAACUUGAUCAUUCCAUUAAUCAACGUCUCAAUCGUGGUUAUAAACCAGCUAUUGGUUAUAUGAAUUCAUUUGUUAAUUAUAGUAUUGUUGAAGCAGCAAAAUUUAUUAGCUUUACAACUGGUGCUAUAUUAGCUGUUUUAAUCUUAUUAACAAUUUAUGAUGAAGAUGUUCUUAAUGUUCAACAUAUGUUAACACUAAUGACUAGUCUUGGUGUUGUUCUUGGUGUUUGUCGAUCAUUAAUACCUGAUGAAAAUGCAGUCUUCGAUCCCGAACAAAUGUUACAACUUGUUCUUGCACAAGUUCAUUAUCAACCAAAUUCAUGGAAAGAUCAUGCACAUACAAAUUAUGUUCAAGCAGAAUUUGGACAAAUGUUUCAAUUAAAAUAUGUUUAUAUUCUCGAAGAACUUGUUAGUGCCUUUGUAACACCGCUUGUAUUAUGUUUUCAAUUACGCCGUAAAUCUUUACAAAUAAUUGAUUUCUUACGAAAUUUUACAGUUGAUGUACAAGGUGUUGGUGAUGUUUGUAGUUUUGCUCAAUUAGAUAUAGCAAAACAUGGAGAUAUGAAAUGGUUUGCACCUAUACGUCCAAAAUCAGUUAAUAAAACUGAUGGUGGAAUAGCAAAUGAUGGCAAACUUGAAUUAUCAUUAAUGCAUUUUCAUCACACAAAUCCAAAUUGGCAAAUGCCUAAACAAUGUGAAGUUUAUUUAGAAAAAAUUCAAGAACGAGCUGUUGAAAAUCUUCAUGGAUCAUCAAUACUUCAACAAUCAUUAAAUGAUAUACAAAAUCUUCAAUCUCAACGAAGUUUUUAUAGUGAUCCUCAAUGCACAACAUCAGUACAAAAUCGUUCGAUCUUUUCAAAACCAUUAAUGAAUACAAGUUCAUAUUCUCCAUUACAUACAACUAUAUCUGUUCGACCAAAUGUUUCCACAGUACAAAAUAGUUUUCUAAAUGGUGGUGUAUCAAAAGCUGAUUUACCUUAUCGAAGUUUAGCACAAUUUGGUGUCCUUUCAAAAAUUCAUUCACAAAUGUUUGAUAUGUCUGAUCCAUAUUCUCUUAUGGGCUCAUUAGCUUCGAUACAAGGUUUACCAGGUGCAGCACAAUUAGAUAUGAAUAUAUCAUGUUUAUUUAUGCAUGAAUUACGACACAAAUAUAAACAUGGUGAAUAUGAAGAUUUAGAAAAUAUUAACGAAGAUCAAAAUAAUGAAUCGACUUGUUAA